CAGAACGGCAGCACUGAUUUGAAUAACUCUAUUUCGUUGGAAUACAAACGUAAUCAAAAACUUUGUGAUAAUGUCCAGGUUUAGUGGUGCACUUCAGUUAACAGAUAUAGACGAUUUUAUUACUCCCUCUCAGGAAUGCAUAAAGCCAGUGACAAUAGAUAAGACAAAAUCAAAGACCGGGGCCAAAAUCACAGUGGAAGGAAAUGGUUACUAUGAGGAAACUGAGAGCGGCAAGAAGAAACUGCAGAAGGUGGAAAUUACACUUCAAGACUGUUUGGCCUGCUCCGGCUGCAUAACAUCUGCCGAGGGCGUGUUAAUUACGCAGCAAAGCCAAGAGGAGCUGCUCAAGGUGCUCAGAGAAAACACCAAACUGAAAGCAAUUGAUAGGGACAACGAAAAGGUACGAACAGUCGUUUUCACCAUUUCUACACAACCCAUAUUAAGUUUGGCGAAUCGUUAUCAAAUCGGAGCAGAGGAUGCGGCACGGCACCUUUCCGGCUAUUUCCGCAGUUUAGGUGCAGACUAUGUGCUGUGCACUAAAGUAGCCGACGAUCUGGCUCUGCUCGAGUGCCGGCAGGAGUUCUUAGAGCGUUACCGCGAAAAUGAAAAUCAGACAAUGCUUAGCUCCUCGUGCCCGGGCUGGGUGUGUUACGCGGAGAAGACACACGGCAACUUCAUACUGCCACAUUUAUCUACAACCCGAUCGCCACAGCAGAUAAUGGGUGUUUUGGUGAAGCAGUACCUGGCCGAGAGGUUAAAUGUUGCCGGGUCCCGCAUUUACCAUGUGACCGUGAUGCCCUGUUACGACAAGAAGCUGGAGUCCUCACGACAGGAUUUCUUCAGCGAGGUGAAUGAGUCUCGAGAUGUUGACUGUGUAAUUACUUCAGUUGAGAUUGAACAGAUGUUGACAGAGGAUGAGCACCCUUUGCCGCAGCACGAGCCGGCAGAUCUGGAUUGGCCUUGGUCGGAUAGGAGGCCUGACUCCAUGGUGUGGUCGCAUGAGUCGACACUUUCUGGCGGCUACGCCGAACACAUAUUUAAAUAUGCUGCAAAGGAGCUUUUUAACAAGGACAUUCCGCCCGAAGAGCUAGAACUAAAACCCGUCAAGAAUCGCGACUUCUUCGAGAUUGUCCUUGAGAGAGAGGGCAAAGCGGUGCUGAAGUUUGCAAUUGCUAACGGUUUCCGCAAUAUUCAGAAUCUAGUACAAAAACUAAAGCGGGGUAAAGGAGCCAAUUAUAAUUUUGUGGAGGUCAUGGCUUGCCCCUCCGGCUGUAUUAACGGAGGUGCACAGGUGCGGCCAACCACUGGACAGCAUGUGCGAGAGCUAACCCAAGAGCUGAGGGAAUUGUAUAAGAAGCUGCCGCACUCCGUUCCCGACAAUGACGUAUCAAAGCAUGUGUACAGUGAGUUCCUGGACGGUGGGGCCCACACAGACAAAUGUCACGAGCUGCUGCAUACCAGUUAUCAUGCUGUAGAGAAACUCAGUACGGCGCUAAAUAUUAAGUGGUGAUGAUGUAAACUAUUUUCAACAUUAUUUUGGAGUUUUAUUAUAUAAAUUGUUCCCGUCUUUGACGUUUCUGAGGUAGUCGGUGUCACACAUAACUUCGUGGUGGGAAG